AUGAGCAGCAAGGAAGAGCAGAGCAAGUGCUGCCCGCCCGCUGUUCCCGGCUCCACCUUCACCAUUCAGUCCAUCCUGGGCAGCGGCAGCGCCGACGGCCCCCGAGAAGCGGGCCCUAAGGCGGCCCCGUGGCCCCCGCGAGGUCGGAACCUCUCCCUUUCCUCGGACGAAGAGGAACCGAACGAGAGCUGGAAACACCGCGGCUGCUUCUGCCCCGAAGCCCACGGCCCCGCCGAGCCGUGCCGUAAGCAGCAGCCCCUCGGCUUCGCCCGUCUCGGCAGCACCAAGGGCAGCGGAGCGGCUGCGGGCGGAGCGGAACGGCCCCCCUUCCUCUCGGCCUCCCCGCAGGACUUUAAGGAGGACAAGGAGAAGCCGCUGGGAUCCUCCUCUCCCUCUUACGGGGACAGGCAACGCGACGGCGGGGACCGGCAGGCCGGGGCCGCCAAAAAGAAGACACGCACGGUGUUCAGCCGCAGCCAGGUGUACCAGCUGGAAUCCACCUUCGACAUGAAGCGAUACCUGAGCAGUUCAGAGCGGGCCUGCCUGGCCUCCAGCCUGCAGCUCACCGAGACCCAGGUGAAGACGUGGUUUCAGAACCGCCGCAACAAGUGGAAGCGACAGCUCUCGGCAGAGCUGGAGGCUGCCAACAUGGCCCACGCUUCAGCUCAGACUCUGGUGGGGAUGCCGCUGGUGUUCAGAGACAAUUCCCUCCUGCGGGUGCCGGUGCCGCGUUCCAUCGCCUUCCCCGCUCCUCUCUACUACCCCGGCAGCAACCUCUCGGCCUUACCGCUCUACAAUCUCUACAAUAAGAUCGAAUACUGA